AUGCGUAACCCUCCUAUAACCGACCUGUUUUCUGUUCCCAAUCACCGGCCUUUGAAUCCACACCUGUCCACACCUUUCUCUGAGGAAGCCUUGGUGAUGCCCGACUGCUUUGGCCCUGGGCGACGGAGGGUUCCGAAAUAAUCACAUUUUGGUUUUGCCAGCUGCCCUUCUGAGCUGCAGAUCGAGGGGCGCUGCAGCCAGCACACUGCCAUGUGCAGAGCGCAAUUGACAGGAGAGGCGCUUGCCCAAUCACCAUGCCCAAGCCCGGCCUGCAACCCAUGCUCCAGUGGCUCCACUUGAUCAAGCUGGACGGGAGUGUUGUGCGGGUGCGGACAGCGAAGCACUACCAGAUUGAGCCAAAGGUCGUGCUGCUGAAGGACAAGGAAAAGGAGCAGGCGACCAAGGGGCAGAUCGGGCGGUUCAAGGAGCGCUUUGGGUUGAAGGUUGAGAAGUGAGGCGCAGGGUUUAGCGAGUGCGCAAUCGCGACCUAGCUCGAGGAGUCUUGCAAGUACCUAGGUUCUUUGCAGAGCGCCGUUAGCGAAAGAAGAGGAGCCCCAAACUUGAGCUUUGGAUAGGAAAGAGGGGAAAGCUUGCGACACCGUGCUGUAAAGGAAGGAAGAGAAAUGGCGGACGGCAAAGCGGGGCUCUUUGCGACGGCGCCCCCUCUGGAAAGCGCGGCCGGACUGGAAGUCACCGAGUUGAAGGCUGAGGAGAUUCAGGAAGCUUUCAACAAGGCAGCAUCGUCAAGCAAGUUCGAUGACCCAACCGAAGAAGCCCACGGCCCUCCUGGGGGGGCUGGAGUAGUCCUAGAUCCAGAGCCACUUUCACCCCCUGGGCAUGACGGAGCUGAGGGUCCAACUGAUGGGGGGCCUUGUCUAGACCCGGAACUAGGAACUUGGGGCUCCAAGGAGGGUCCGUGCAUAGAGUCAAAGGGCUUUGCUGACCCCAUCGGAACAGGGAACGGGGAUCUGAACCUGGGCCCUUUGCCAGGGAGCUUGGAAGACGACGAUGGGGAAGGAAAGGGUCUCGUCGAUCUCGGCGAGAAGGUAUUGGAAGGGUGUGGGGGAGUCAUCGAUGGUAUCAAGGAGAAGAUUGGGGACUCGAUCUUCGUGCCUGCUGAUCCCACAGAGCCGCUACCGGGAGUCGACAUGUAGGGUGUGUCUGGGUCAAGGCUUGCAAUCUUAGCUUUAUCCAAUUGAGGUUUUGUAGGAAGACGUCCCGAGUCUAAGGAGGAGCUUAUUUUUCUCAGGACCUUUGAUGUUAUGCGGUCUCAUUCUUAGGGAGAGCAGUUUACGCGGAAGCUAUUGUUGCCAUCGUCAAGUUUUACUCAAUCCAGACUCGAGUCGUGUUGUUACGCAUGCCGCUUCUGCCACUUGGUGUAAGUGACAUGAUUGCAUGUGAGAGACACAUUGUGCAAGACAUUUGAGACGCAGAUGAGAAAGCUAGACAGGACCAUGCACUGAGUCUGACUCUUGACUUAAAAUCUGGGUAUCCUAAAAUUACUGACGGCGUCUUUGAUUUUCCGCAUCUUACAGAAAUUAAUCCAGCA